AUGCUCAUCAUCGGCGCAUCGUUGCUAAUGCCAAUCACUGUCUGCCUCUAUGCUGCUGGGUUAGACAGUUACGAGGCACAAGAGUACGAGAGGACCCGGUUACUGCAACUACCGCGACGAGUGUUAAUGUAUCUUUAUACCGGUCAUUUACUCUCGGCCUGGGGUGACCGCAUGUGGGAGUUCGCUGUGCCAAUUCUCUUCAUGGAGAUCUUUGUGGAUACAUUGCUACCUGGCGCGUGCUUCUCGCUCGUCAUGUAUGCCUCGUGCCUCAUUGCGAUUCCGUCGGUGGGGAGACAACUUGAUGCUGCAAACCGUUGGAAGGCCAUGCGACUAGCUAUCUUACUGGAAAAUGUCAACAUUAUCGCUAGCACUGUGUUACUGGGGGCAAUGCUGCUGCUAACAGACGCCGAUGGACUCCACAAACCCGGUUGGACUUGGCCAUUAACGCUUCUCUUCAUAAGCACACUGGUCUGUGGUGGGGUGGGUCAGGUACUCAGUGAAGCACAGACAUUGGGGAUCGAGCGCGACUGGGUCGUGAUAAUCGCUCAAAGCAGUGGAGCGGAGCGGUCGAGUGCACUGAUGAGCCUCAAUACUAUCCUUCGGCGUGUUGAUCUCGCCUGCAAAUUGCUGGGCCCUCUUGCAUUUGGAGUUAUCAUGGAUUUUGCUGGGCCCAAUCCGACCACGCGCGCGAUGAUGGGCGCGUCGACAGUGGCAAUCUGGAAUGGCCUUUCCACCCCGCUUGAGUACUUCAUGACGCGAGACAUCUACAACCUUGUCCCCGCGCUUGCAAUUAAGGGGGAGAGCUCGGAGCCAUCCAAUGACGCUUCCGGUACUGAAGAUCGGCAAGCAUUCGUGGACGGUCAAUCUACGCUGUCUCGUUAUGUAGGAAUGUGGAGAAACUACCUGAGGCAUCCGGUGUUUCUGCUGAGUUUUUCCUACUGCGCACUGUUUAUGACUGUCCUGGAUAAUGGCUCGUUGAACACCGCUUAUCUCAAGUGGCGAGGCGUACCCGAUUCAUUACUGGGCUCCAGUCGUGGUGCAGGUGCCGUGUUCGGGCUUCUGGGUACUGUGCUGUUCCCGUACUUGCAACGCACCAUUACGCGACUGGAGCGUGUUGCUGUCUUGAGUAUCUGGCUGUUUUGGCUGUUCCUAGCACCAGUGCUGGUGGCAUUCCUGCUGACUGGCGAGUCGCGCGUGUCGGACUACGUUAUGCUGUGCUUUAUGGUAGGCGCACGCAUGUGGCUGUGGAGUGCUGAUCUCGCAGAAACACAGCUCAUGCAGGAAUGGAUCGAGCCAAGCCGUCGCGGAGCUAUCAACGCCAUGCAGACGGCGACGUACCACUUAUUUUACAUGCUCAUUCAAGUGAUAGGCGUCGUGUACCACGACCCGAAACAGUUCGGAGCACUCGUGCUCUUCUCCGUUGCCACAGUGCUUGCUGCUGCAGUGGGUUUCACCAUUUGGGACGUUCGAUAUGGCUGCCACCGAAGUUUGUAUGUGCGGCCCACGACAGAAAUUGUGAAGACAGUGACAUCACCGUAA